AUGUAUUUACAGGUCUUUUACAGGCCUUUAAUAGGCAUUCUUAUUUUAGCUGGCUCUGGGUCAGCCUGUGAAUACUCGCCAAACAUAUGCGGGGCCUGGGCAGAUGGGGAUAUACGGAUUGGGGUGCUCAAUUCCUGUCAUUCCAAAGUACAGACGCUACAGGUGCGGGAACGUCCAGAAAAAUACAACUGCACAGAAUUAAAUCUCCUUUCACUUGUAAGGACUCUAGCUGUUGUGCAUACUAUUGAAACGAUCAAUAACUCCAGCUACCUCCCGGGUGUGCGACUGGGCUACUACAUCUGUGACACCUGCUCUGAUGCCUCUAAAGCCAUUCAGAGCACUGAGCAGCUGCUCGCUGUGAAUGGCACACUGCCUGUCCAAUGUGAGGUGCUUGAAAGGCCAAAUGUAAAAGCAAUCAUUGGAGCACGCUUCUCGGAAGACUCCCUAGCAGUGGCUCGACUUCUGAGUCUAUACAUGGUCCCACAGAUAAGCACAACAUCAUCUGCACAAACGCUUAGUGAUAGUGUACGAUAUCCAGCAUUCCUGCGCACCAUUCCCAGUGAUGUUCACCAAACCAAAGCUCUGGCUAAUUUCAUGAAACACUUUCACUGGGACUGGGUUGGGGUGGUCUAUGGGGAUGAUGAUUACGGGAAAAAUGCCUUGCAAAGCUUCUUGGCAGAUGCAGAAGAUUUAGAUAUCUGCCCUGCUUUUAAAGAAGUAUUGCCUCAUUACCUAGCUCAUGAUGAAAUCGACAAAAGGAUCCAAGAGGUGGCGGAAACAAUCCGCUCAUCUGAAGCUAAAGUUGUGUUACUUAUCCUAAAGGAAGAGCUGGUCUCUAAACUCUUCAAGGAGAUGAUUCGGCAGAACAUCUCACGUACUUGGAUUGCAAGUGAUGCUUGGUCAAUGUCACGAAAUAUAUCUCGAAUGGAUGGAAUCAAUCAAUUAGGUGACAUUUUUGGGUUCACAUUCAUCACUGGUCCUAAUCCUGGUUUUAAGGAGUUUCUGCAUCAGCUGACUCUUGCUCCGGGCUCUGUAAACCUCUUCCUUGAGGAGUAUAAGCAGUUAGGGAAAGACACAGGUUUUCUGACGGAAGCUGUCGACAUCAGCAUAACCUAUGGCGAAAGGUUAGCUGUAUGGUCCAUUGCUCAUGCUUUGAAAUGUCUUCUAAACUGCAGUGAAACUGAUUGCCCUGGAGAAAGGGAUUUUCCGCCAUGGAUGCUUCUCAAGGAACUGAAAAAGGUCAAUUUUACUAUGGACAAUCAGACAUUCUAUUUCAAUGCAUCUGGAAAUUUCAUGAAUGGCUAUGAUUUAAUUAACUGGCAACCACAAGAAUCAACUGGCCAGAGACGCUUCGUUGUUGUUGGAAAUUACAAUCUGACGAAAAAAGAAGUUCACAUUAAGGCACCCAUAUCAUGGAGUAAUCCAAGCAAUACGGUUCCUAUUUCAAUGUGCUCCGAUAUUUGCCCUCCUGGUACAGCAAAGAAACUUCUCAAAACAUCAUGCUGCCAUAAUUGCACAAAAUGUUUAGAGGGUACUUACUCUAAUGAAACAAACUUACCAAAUUGCCUCCCUUGUGAAAAUGGUACCUGGUCUUUGAAAGGAUGGACCUCGUGUAAGCCAAAGGAAGAGGACUAUUGGAAAUGGGAUGGGUCCCAUGCAAUAGUUCUGCUUACAUUUACUGCAUUAGGUUAUCUGUUGUUGUUCUUCUCCCUAAUUAUCUUCUUGGUCUUUUUUGGAGAACCUGUCAUGAAACAGGCAGGGGGAAUGAUGUGUUUUGUAAUCAUGGCAGGGUUAGCACUCAGCUAUACUAGUGUCAUACUGUUUAUUGGCAAACCCAAUGUUCACAUUUGCAGGGGUCGACAGAUCUUGUAUGCCUUAGGGUUCUCGCUCACAGUCUCAUGUAUUUUGGUUAAAGCUCUACGCACCUUUGCAACCUUUCUUCUACCGUAUCGCCGGGAGCGUAUAAAAAGGUUUUACAACCCCCCUGUCAUUAUAACUUGUGGUACUCUCAUUCAAGUCCUCAUCUGUACCUUCUGGAUGAUAUUUGAUUCUCCAGUUGUGGAGACCUUUCAGUCUGACCAAAGCAUGUUGAUUACUGUACAGUGCAAUGAAGGUUCUGGCAUUGGAUUUGGCAUCAUGCUUUGCUAUAUUGCAUUGCUGGCUUUUAUCUGCUUUUUGCUGGCCUUUAAAGGGAGAAAAGUACCUCAGCGUUUCAAUGAGACUGGACACAUCAUCCUAAGCAUGCUAGUCUACCUUUUUGUGUGGGUCUGUUUUACCCCUGUGUACAUUGCUAAGAUCAAUGAGCGCUAUUCAAUUCAAGCAGCUGCCAUCUUAGUGUCAUGUUAUGGAAUUAUUUUCUGUCACUUUGCACCCAAGUGGUACAUGGCUCUCUGCAAGAAGAAAGAAGAGAUUAGUCGAGAGGCAUAUAUAGCAAAAGCCAAUAAUCACAUCAUCGACUCAUUUGAUUUGAUUCCAGAGAUAACAAAAGAACCUAAUUUUAUAAUGGGAUCACAAAAUACCAUUAACUCAGUUGAUACUGGUUUGGGUUCAAUUAAAUCGACAAGGAAAGAGUUACAUCAAGAGAACAACAUAGACAAUAUGGAAUUUCUUUACCAGACAAUAAGGAAAAGGCCUAGGAGAAAAUCCAUUUGA